AUCUUGAAUUAUAGUGAUCAAUUUAAGAAAGGUAGGCAACAACGCCGCACGUACACGCUCGACGCUCUAGCUCUUCGAGCUCUUCCUCCAACAUCGACGUCGCUAACUCAUAACCAAGCCCGGCCCUUAGCCUGCCUGUCCGUCCGAUCCCCGGUACCAUUCGACUGCACUUGGAUGAGCGCGCUAGCCUCAGCAGCAAAGAGCAGCAACAUGCAUAGCGUUGGCGCAGUAGUGCAGCCGUGGCAGUAAUGACGUGCUCCUGCCCACUCACCUAGUCGCUAGUGCACCUAUGAAUGAAGAACAGGAAAAGCGGAAUAUUAAUAACUUAUUUUCGGGUAAACUGGUACUCAUGGUAGUGCAGUGAUCAUUGAAGGAUGGGGGCAUCAUUCAGAAGUUAUGUUUGGGAUCCCAUGUUACUGAUCUCACAGAUCAUUGCUAUGCAGAGUGUCUUCUAUGUGUGCUUUGGAAUUUGGUUGAUUAUCGUUGAUUACAUCUUGGAUCAUCCCAAAUCGUUAAGCCAGAUAUUUGGUUAUGAUUGCCUUGACUUCAGCAGUUCAGGAGGAAGGAUGAUUGUUGCAGUCUAUGUAAUGAAUGCACUCACCUGUGCGAUUGGAUUGUGGUGUAUUGUGCAGAGGACAAAGCAGUGUACAGACUUCUCUGUUACAAUGCACUUUUUCCACUUCAUUGCCUGUUGGAUGUACAAUUCAUGGAUCCCCAGUUCGAUGGCUUGGUGGUUUACGAACAUUGGCUGUAUAGCAUUGACGACAGUGCUGGGAGAAUACCUGUGUAUGAGGACAGAGUUAAAAGACAUUCCCCUUACAGGAGCAAGGGCAGACUUAUGACAGCACUAACAUGAACGGUUGGCCAUCACUGUUUGCAACAAGAUGACCAUGUUGCAGCGACAGUAAGAAUUUCUGCCAUGGAUUAUAUCAUCAAACAAUUGUCUAAAACAUAUUGCCAAUGGGGUGCAAGUUCAUUUGGACUGCAAUUACAAGGACAAUACAUUGUACCUGGAGCAAAAGUUUACUUCGUAAUGGACUGUGUCUUAGCUGAGUUGAUUUGCAAUAUGUACUUGAGACCACCAAGGAAGCAUUAAAGCAAGAAAUGAGGACUGGCAGCUUUACAUUCUUUCCAAGGGAUGUGGUAAGGAGGAUCAAUACCUUACCUCAGGCAUUGAUUAUAACAGCAAAUAAAUCAACAUGAGCUUACAAGCAUACAAGAGACAUAUUGUGUAUGAAUCCACCAUGAUAUUGUCUUGGCAUUGAUGAGCAAAAGUAGCAGCAGACUCGAUGAGAAAAUGAUUCACCUGUGAAGGUGCGUGCAAGUAAAGCAAGAAAGUUUGAUAUAGUGGCAAAUGCGGGAUCUUCCCACAAGGCUGCGCAUUACGUUUGCCUUCAUGAAAGUUAUUUUCUGCUUAACCUCAUAUAAACCUUACUGUACUUUCUAUUCCACACAUACAUGUACCCUGAAGGUACAUAGUUCACUUCUACAAUGUUGAAAAGACUACAAUGUUUUCUAGAGUGUAUAUUUCUGUUUACAUUUUAGAUCAGGCUAAGGAGAAAAUCUAUUGAUGUGCAAAAACAUAUAUGCAACACUCGGCCUCAUGGACCCUCCAUUCAAUAACUUAUAGAUGGAUUACAUAUAUUUCAUAGAGUUCAUGUUAUUAGGAAAAACGCACUCUAGCAAGAUGAUUUUUGUCUCACCUGAACAAAGUUCAGCAGAGACCUAAUCACUUUUCCUGUUGGUCCGUUAUUCUGUUAGUCCGUCAUUCUGUUAACAUGUGUUAAAGUUUUUGUUCAACUUGUUCUUGUUUCUUUAUUUCUGCAUCAAUUAUGUUCACCUGGUACAUAUGAUCCUUGGGUAAUUCCACAUUAGAGUGAUGGGGUCAACAGGUAUGAGGUCAUGUUCUCAUUUCUAUAUUUCUGCAUCAAUUUUGAUUGCACUUGGUGCAUAUGAUCCUUGGGUAUGCGUGUGUGUUUUUGAGGAAGGUGGGGUUGAAGGUCAUCUAGGGGUCAAAAGGUCAAAUGAUAUUAGGUCAUGUCCAUGCUUUUUCAAGUUUUUGUUCAACUUGGGUCAUAUUUCUUAAUAUCUGCAUCAAUUGUGUUCAUACUUGGUACAAAUGGUCUUUGGAUAUUACCACACCUGUGUUCUUGAGGAUGAUAAGGUCAAUUGUCAUCUAGGGGUCAAAAGAAUAUUCCAUUUACAUCUAGGGGUCAAAAGAAUAUUCCAUUUACAUCUAGGGGUCAAAAGAAUAUUCCAUUUACAUGUACAUUUAUUGUGAAAUCAGGCGAGACUCGUGGUUUGAGAACCACCUUGUUUUUAAUUCAUAUGAAAUUCUGAACAACUCACUUAUCAAAUUAAAUGCUUUGAUUUCUGUAGCUUUUAACAGUUUUUGUAAAUUAGUUGUUAUAACAAGUUGAAUGAAAAGAGUAGUAAAAGAGCAGUCUAAUGAUUUUUUUUAUUUUAUUAUAAAUGAGAAAUCAAGUUGAUUAAUAAUGUAAGAAUGGAAUGAGAUAAAAAUGUGAAUGGACAUUUGUAGAAAAAAUCAAAAUCAAAGAAUAACAGAGUUAAUUGAUUUGUAAAGGGGAAGUCUACCCUGAUGUGAGAAAAAAAAAUUUGAUGGAUUUUGACCAAACAACAAUUGAUAUCUUUCUCUCAUAUGUCUGUAUUAUAACUAGCUUUUAGACUGCUCCUGUAUGAUGUCAAGCAUCAAACACACAAUUGGCAGUGUCAUGUGAGCUCACUUUUCAUUUAUCUUGUGCACUUUUUUGUGUUGAUUUGUAGACUAUCUGGCACAUAUUGAUCAAUGAAAUCAUAUUAGCCCAACAAUCUAGCUAAUAUUAACAAAAUGUUAAUGGGCCCACUGGUCUAGUCUGGUUUUUACAGGUAAUAGUGAUCCAAAGAUAUCUGACUGGUACUUUAAAUGUAAGCAUCCAUAUUUGUGGUUUGGUGCAAACACUUGAUGUUCCCCCCAAAAAAGAACAAAAAAGUUAUUAUUAAUACUUUUUAAUCAUUGUAUCAGUACUUUUCUUUCAUUAAAUUUUAUUUGCAAAAUUGUAAAACCAGAAAACAUCCUUAAAGUGGCAACAAAAAAGAAGUGUAUAAAAUUGAUGCAUUAACAUUUCCACUCAAAUUGAUCUGUUUUAUUCAAUUACCUAAUUUUAAUACAAAAAGGAAAGCAGUAUUGAUUCAGACUUCUAAUGAUUAAUUGCCUUGAACAAGCUAAUUACAAGAUUGCCCAAGAUAUAGAUAUUACGUAGAAUAUAACAAGCGAACGUACUGGUUAGGUUUGCAUUUAAUACAUUGAAAUUCAAACAACUCAAAAAUGUUUCAUACGGAAGUGUCAAGGAAAUAUUUGUUGUUGUACUAAAGGUGAUCAUUGGCCGAUUUUAUGAAGGAUUUACAACUGUAAAUUAAAAUAAAUAAAACUGGCUACCCAGUCCUGUAUAGACAUGGUAGUUACCCUAUUGGAGAAAAUUUAUGAUAAUUGUAAUAAUGUCCUUGAAACUACAUGUAGUCCCUAUUCCCCACUAUAUGUUCAGAGGUCAUAUAUUGUACAUAAAUA